CUUAAGUUCCUUCCUCUCAUAUCCGCUUUGUGAUCUCUUCAGUUUGAGCUUUCAUUUCGAAGAUUUGUCAACUCUCGGCUAAAUCUUUGUAGGUCUGCAAGAAUGGCGAACCACGUUAUCGCAAUGUUACUCCAUAGUUUCCAUAAGAUGGACAUUAAUCUUGCUCAAGCAGUUCUUGCGAUUUCAAUCCUGAUUCUGUCCAUCUUCUGGUUCUUAGUAGUCAUUUUCAAGAAGACUAGUAAAGGUUCUUUGCCACCAGGGCCACGGGGUUUGCCAUUAGUUGGAUAUCUCCCGUUUCUGGGUGCCAACUUGCACACACAGUUCGCUGAAUUGGCGCAACAAUAUGGUCCAAUCUUCAAGUUUAGGCUUGGCAACAAACUCUGUGUUGUGCUGAGCUCUCCUUCUCUCGUCAAAGAAAUAACACGAGAUCAAGACGUUGUUUUUGCCAACCGCGAUGCCACAAUUGCAACAGAAGUUUUGACUUAUGGUGGAUUUGACAUUGCUUGGUCUCCCUAUGGCUCAUACUGGCGUAAUAUGAGAAAAGUAUUUGUGCAAGAGAUCCUCAGUGGAAGAAACCUUGAUGCCUGUUAUGAGCUGAGAAGAGAUGAGGUGAUAAAGACUAUUGAACAUGUUGGAAUGAAGGUUGGAACACCUCUAGAGAUCGGUGAACUUGCUUUCCAAACCCAAGUCAAUGUAGUUUUAAGUAUGUUGUGGGGUGGAACAGUUGAAGCAAACCCGCAAAGUGAAGCAGCAGCAGCAGCUAAUUUCAGGGUUGUGUUUGGGAAAAUAAUGGAUCUGCAAGGAAAGGCAAAUAUAUCUGAUGUCUUCCCAAUUCUUCGCAGGUUUGAUAUCCAGGGAGUUGAGAAAGAAGCCAACACUCUCUUACAAGUGGCUGAUGGUAUUUUUGAUGCAGUGAUUAAUGAAAGAGUUCAGACAAAAGAUGAUGAAGUAAAAAUUGGUGGAAGGAAAAAGGACUUCAUUCAAAUCUUGCUUGAGCUUCAGAAGCUGGAAGCCACAGGGGAAGACAUUAGCAUGUUGCAGAGAAAAGCCAUCAUAAUGGACACUAUAGUUGGAGGAACAGAUACAACAGCCACCUUGACGGAGUGGGGAAUGACAGAAGUUUUGCAUCAAAGGGAAGUCAUGGAAAAGGUUCACAAUGAAUUGGAAGAUGUGGUAGGCAUUGGCAAAUCUGUUGAAGAGUUUCAUCUGCCAAAGCUGCAUUAUUUGGAAGCUGUAGUGAAGGAAACUCUUCGCUUACAUCCUGCUGUUCCUCUCCUGCUUCCAAGGCGUCCGACCAAAUCCAGCAUUGUUGGUGGAUACACUAUUCCGGAGAAUACUAAGGUGCUUAUCAACUCCUGGGCAAUACAAAGAGAUCCUGAGCUCUGGGAUGAUCCGUUAAAGUUCAAGCCGGAAAGGUUUUUGAUGGAACCCAAAAAAUGGGAUUUCAGUGGUAAUAAUUUUCAGUAUAUUCCAUUUGGUUCUGGGAGAAGAAUAUGUCCAGGGAUUCCCUUGGGUGAGAAAAUGCUCAAGUUUAUGUUGGCUUCUCUCUUGCAUUCAUUUGAUUGGAAACCGACCAAAAGCAAAGAGGAAGACAUUUCUGAGAAGUUUGGAAUUGUCCUGAGGAAACAAACUCCACUGCUGGCUGUUCCUACCAAGAGAACCUCAAAGCAUUACUAACUUCUGCAACAUCUGUAAGAGAUAACGUCGAAUUGCUGCUAGCUUACCAAAAUGUUUGCUGAUGAAAAUUGCGAAAAUUGAACCGUCUGGUUGACAAACAUCAAAACCUUAUGAUUUAUCUGGCAUCGCCUUGUUAUGUUUUUAUCCGUUAGUAUUUGUUGCUAGCAUGGUAAGAAUGGUUAAAAUGCUUUAAUCCAUUCAGCGCCG